GUACGCGAAGCAAAUUUCUUUCUUGCUUGCUUUUACCCUUUCUUUAUUGGCCUCGCUUUUAUUAAUUUCCAUUUCCCGUAAUUUCCUCCUCCUUUUCCCACCUUGCUUCCUCUCCUCGCUUUGCUCUCUCUCUCUCCCACCCCUAGGCUGCAGCAAGGCUAGCUAGGCUCCCGUUCUCCCAUCCAGCUCGUCCCCAUUGCAUGCGAAACAAGCAAGCAAGAGGUCAAGAGGAGCAGUGAGCGAGUGAGUGGCGUUUGGUGUGAAGUGAGGACUCGAGGAGGACGAAGCGAGCGAGAGGGAGUCAUGGCAUGGUGAUGGACCUGCUGCUCCCCGCCGAUCUAAUCACUUUGCCCCUAGUGCUGGGAGGAGGAGGACAAGGUCUCUGAUCAGCUGAGCUUGUCUGGUCAAAGCCGAGAGCUUUGUUGCGCUGCGAGUCCAAGCUCGACAGGACCACCGCCACUGUGAAGCACAGCGGCAGCGGCGACAAGACGAGGAGGCGGAAGCUGCCAAGCGGAUAGAUCUACGCAAAUGGAGACCAAGGACGUGGCCCCGCUCCCCGCCACCACCGCCGCCGGCGCCGCCGCGCCCGUGCCCGCACCGGCCUCUCAGCCGCCGCCGUCUUCUAUGCCACCGCCGCAGCAGCAGCACCAGCAGCCUCCGCCGCUGCCGUUCGCGCAGCAGCAGGCGGCUCAGGCGCCGUCGCCUGCGGCGCCCAUGCCCGGCGGCAUGCGCCUCUCGUUCGACCAGAUGGCGGGGAAGACGGAGCACCACCACCACGCGGCGCCCAUGCUGUACGCGCCGCCGCCGCAGUCCGCCGCGGGAGCGGCAGGCGCGCCGGGGGGCAAUGUGCUGGGCAUGGGCGAGCUGAUGCGCAAGAAGCGCGGGCGGCCGCGCAAGUACGCGCCCGACGGCAGCAUGGCCCUGGCGCUGGCCCCCAUCUCCUCCGCCUCCGCCGGCGGCGCCGCGGCACCCGGCCAGCAGCAGCACGGCGGGUUCUCCAUCAGCAGCCCCCCGUCCGACCCCAACGCCAAGCGCCGCGGUAGGCCCCCAGGCUCCGGCAAGAAGAAGCAGUUCGAAGCCCUGGGUUCUUGGGGCAUCGCCUUCACCCCUCACAUCCUCACCGUCAAGGCCGGCGAGGAUGUUGCAUCCAAAAUAAUGACGUUCUCACAGCAAGGCCCUCGCACAGUCUGCAUCCUUUCUGCUAAUGGUGCAAUUAGCAAUGUAACUCUUCGGCAGCCUGCUACAUCUGGUGGAUUAGUUACUUAUGAGGGCCGCUUUGAGAUCAUCUCACUAUCUGGUUCUUUCCUGCUCGCGGAGGAUGGUGACACUCGCAGCAGGACUGGUGGUUUAAGUGUCGCACUCGCAGGAUCUGAUGGACGAGUUCUUGGAGGAUGUGUUGCUGGAAUGCUCAUGGCAGCAACUCCUGUUCAGGUUGUGGUGGCCAGUUUCAUUGCAGAGGGCAAGAAAUCAAAGCCAGCCGAGGCGCGGAAGGUCGAACCAAUGUCUGCUCCUCCACCACAGAUGCCUACCUUCGUGCCACCUCCUGUGGCCACCAGCCCUCCGUCGGAGGGCACAUCCAGUGCAUCAUCUGAUGACUCUGGCAGCCCGAUCAACCACAGCGCCAUGCCCUUCAACCACUCCGGCCAGCACCAGCACCAGCACCCUCACCAGCACCAGCACAUGCCGCCUGCCUACGCGUCCGGUGGCUGGUCCCUCUCGGCGCACCAGCAGAACAGGCAUGACUCUGACAUGAAGAUGAUGUCGAACUAACACCGCUCAACCUUAAGUGCCCCAUUUCUUGGUUGGGCUGGAGAGGAAGCUGCUGAUGGUUGAUUGGUACUGCUGCUAUGGAUGAUCCUUUCGCGUCGUCUGCUCUGAUCGGUGGUGACGGUGUAUCUGCUAUAGCUAAGCCAGCUAGGAGAGUAGGGUUCAUGGUCUCACCUGCUGUUGUUUCCCCGAGUAAGAUUAAUUUAAUUCGAAUUAGCCGCUGUUGUAAUGCUGUAGCUUUGUCCUAAAAGUCUGUCAGUCAACCCCUAACGUGAGUUGUGAUGGAUGCCUGAUGAGAUCUUCACCUCCUAGGCUAGUUAAACUACCAUUCUCUAGUGUUAUGGAUCAUGGAUUUACUUGAAUGCUUCGGUUUAAUUCGGGAUGGUACCCUGUUUUGCUUUGUUCUCUUA